UCAGCUCUGUAAAUAAUACUAAUAAUACUAAUAAUACUUACUGAAGCUCUCCGCAAAGCUGCGGGGGAGGCUUGGCCCGAGGUCAUCACAUGCAAACAACCGCUUUAGGCCCUCGACGUCAACGCUGACCACGUCUCCGGAAGAUGCGAUACACUCUCCAUUGUUUGCCUUCCUGCGCAUCUGUUCUGCGUAAAUACUUGAGAGACACAGACAUCAGACGCCUGUAUUCGAACCCUACGAUUUUGGGCCUCCAGCUCUGAGCAUGCGAGCUGCUGCAGGUGUAGCCUGUCGGUCGGACAGCAUCGGAUCGUGACCGCGAAGAGGGGCCAGAUACAACAGAUAGCAAACACAAGACAAGACGAGACAAGACAAGAUGGCAGCUCAGUCGACCCUUCGACGGCCCGAGGAUCCCCUCGUCGCCUUGUACAGACACUACCUCGCUCGGUUUCGUGCCACGGUAGGGCACUCAUCGCGAACGACGCGAAUAGCUGGUACCGUGCUGCUACUGCUUUCCAUCGUGGGCUCUAGUUAUGGGGGAUACAAAUGGCUGCGGGAUACGGCCAAAGAACGGGCUCAAGGGCGACGUUUACUACGUCGUAAUUCGGGAAUCCGAGCCAAAGAUGGAUCUCGAAUCAUUUACGUCCCCUACAGAGAUAACGCGACAUCUAAGGUGACCAUAAAUCCGACGAAACCGACCACCUUCGAUGCCCAUCGCAGAUUGUUCUUGAACCCGCCUCGAUCCGCACGAAUGACUGACGGAGAGCCCUUGAGUGAGAUCCCUCCACCAUCGACCAAGCCAGGAUUGAACCUGGCGUUUCUUCACCAGUUCCUUAGCUUGCUGAGCAUCAUGAUUCCUCGAUGGCACAGCAAAGAGACGGGCUUGUUAUUAAGUCACGGCAUGUUUUUGCUGCUGCGGACCUAUUUAUCCCUGCUGAUUGCCCGGUUAGACGGUGAGAUCGUGAGAGAUCUCGUUGCUGGGAAGGGGCGAGCGUUCAUCUGGGGGAUCAUUAAAUGGUGCGGUAUAGGAACGUUCGCAUCGUACACAAACGCUAUGAUCAAGUUCCUUCAGUCGAAGGUCUCGAUCGCCUUCCGGACGCGGCUCACUAGGUACAUUCACGACCUUUAUCUCAAUGACAGCCUGAGCUACUAUAAACUGUCGAAUCUGGACGGUGGUGUGGGUCAAGGAGCAGACCAGUUCAUUACCCAGGAUCUCACCCUCUUCUGUUCUUCCGCUGCCGCUCUCUAUUCCUCGAUAGGAAAGCCGCUGGUUGACCUGUUUGUCUUCAACUAUCAGCUCUACCGAUCUCUAGGCCCUCUGGCCUUGACUGGCAUUCUCAGCGGUUACUUCAGCACGGCGGUUGUCCUCCGCAAACUUUCACCUCCAUUUGGCAAACUGAAGGCAGUGGAAGGCAAGAAGGAAGGAGAUUUCAGAGGAUUGCACACCCGUCUGCUUGCCAACGCGGAAGAGGUCGCCUUCUAUGGCGGCUCCGAUAUUGAGCGGAUCUUCCUGGUGAAGAGCUUUGGCGACUUGCAACGAUGGAUGGAAGGCAUUUACAGUCUCAAGAUACGAUACAACAUGAUCGAGGAUAUUAUCUUGAAAUAUUCCUGGUCAGCUUUCGGGUACCUGAUCACCUCGCUACCCGUGUUCCUUCCAGCAUGGGGCGGUCUUGGUGGAGUCAUGGAACUGGCGAAUGCAGCUGAGGAGUCCCAUCGGGAGCGCGGCCGUAUGAAGGAAUUCAUUACGAACAAGCGGCUAAUGCUGUCUCUGGCAGACGCCGGCGGUCGCAUGAUGUAUAGCAUCAAGGAUCUGUCCGAGUUGGCCGGCUACACGUCGCGGGUUUACACGCUCAUUUCGGCCCUGCAUCGCGUAUAUGCAAACGCAUACUACCAGCCUCGUGGAACACAUCCCGAAAUUUAUUCCCUCUCUGAUGUUCAGGGAACCAUCCAUAAUGGCUUUGAUGGUGUUCGUCUCGAGCACGUUCCUAUUGUAGCACCUGCUCUCUAUCCUCACGGAGGUGACGAGCUGCUUGAGGACCUCACCUUCAUUGUCCACUCUGGCGAACAUCUUCUCGUGUCCGGUCCGAACGGAGUCGGAAAGUCGGCCAUCGCCCGUGUCGUUGCUGGUUUGUGGCCGGUGUACCGCGGUCUGGUCAGCAAGCCGCGCGGAUUCGGCACCGAUGGUAUCAUGUUCUUACCCCAAAGGCCUUAUCUCAGCGUCGGAACUCUGCGUGACCAGGUCAUCUACCCAGAUACCGAGAUGGAUAUGCGUGAUAAGGGCAGGACGGACCGUGAGCUUCUGAGGAUUCUCGAAGAAGUGCAUCUCGGUUACCUUCCCGACCGCGAAGGCGGCUGGGACUGCCGAAAAGAAUGGAAGGAUGUACUCAGCGGAGGCGAGAAGCAGAGGAUGGGCAUGGCCCGGCUGUUGUACCACGAGCCAAGCUAUGCCUUUGUCGACGAGGGCACAUCUGCUGUCUCGUCAGAUGUCGAGGGCCUACUCUAUGAGAGGGCAAAGGAGAAGGGAAUUACGUUGAUCACGAUCUCGACCCGCGCCUCUUUGAAGAAAUAUCACACCUUCACCCUCACGUUGGGUUUGGGCCCGCGAGGCGAUGAAUGGGAAUUCGAGAGAAUUGGAACGGAAAAGGAGAAACUCGGCGUUGAAAAGGAGCUGCAGGAACUGCGCAAGCGCUUGGAUAAGGUCGAAGAGUGGAAGCGGCGCCGAGAGGAGAUUGAGAACGAACUGCGCAAGGUCUGGGUCGAGGAGGGAGAGCUCGCCCCUCCACCUUAUGAAGCAGAAGAUGACGCCGUGUCAGCGGAGGAGCAAUCUGUAGAAGAACCAAGUCAGAACUAAACGAUCCCCUUGGCAUGAAAUGUAUGAAGACCAUGUAACAAACCCUCACUAGCCAUAUAUUAGUCACAUUAGCCUUCUUUAUAAGAAUAUCCAAAGUCCUCCAAUUUCAGGAACCUUCACG